AUAGAACUCUCAUGGCUCCCCAAAGGUCAAUUAUCCACUUUUAGCAUGUGAUUUUGGGAACUUGCAACUUUCUCUUUCCUCAAAUUUGUCACUUGUUUAUUUAAUUUUGGCCAACUUGCAUCACCUCUAAAUCUCAACAUUUAUAAAUAGCAAGCAUUUCCUUCCAAAUGUAACAAAUGCAACAAAAAGUUAGUGUAUAAAUCAAGAACAAGAUCAUUAAUUCUUGUUCUAAGGUUUUUUCGGGCUAGACGGAGAUUGACCCUCGAGUACAAUAAGGCAAAAGGCAGAAGGGAGUUUGACUGCAAGACCCUCACGAGUGUAACAAGGCAGAAGGGAGCUUGACUGCAAGAUCCAAUAUAUAAGAUGAAGAGGCAAAGAGGUAAUAAGAAGAUAGGAAAUAAUUAUGGGGAGAUGAAAAAGGUCAAAAGGGUUGUUGAGAAACAAAGUGAAGAGGUGAAAAUAGAGGAAGAACAUAGGGAAAAUAAUGGUGGAGGAGAUGUUGUGAAGGAGGUGGAGUUGAUGGGUGAGUGUGAUAAUUGGAUUAAUGAAUGGCUUUGUUCAUGGAGUAAUGAUAAUGUUGUUGUAGAUGAGCAAAUGUCAUGGGGAACAUGUUGGUCACCUGUUUGGGACAUGGAGUUCUUGGGAGAAGCUUAUAUUAACUUGUACAAUGAUGUUUUGUGGGAUGAUGAUGUUUGGGAUUUAAAAGCCAUCAAGGAAGUUCCAAGUUAAUAGAAAAAGGAGACAUGUUUGUAUUUUGAUCUUUGUAAGUGUAGUUUUUCUUUUUUAACGAAUCGGAGUUAUAAAAAGUUGAAUCUUAGUGGAUCAUGACAAUUGCUUAAGACUUUUCAAGAAUGUUGUUGUGUGCGUGAGAUCUUUCAAAAUCUAGCAAUGUAAAAUUUUAGAGGAUC